UGCGUUUCCAUUAAGAUGGUAACUUAGCAGUAAUCUGUCAAGAAAACGUAACGAAAAGACUAACAUCAGCUUUUUGGCUGAAAUUGACUGUCAGUUUAAACAGAUCAGUUUAAACUGACUGACGUUUUCAGCCAUUUAAACGGAUGAAACGUUCCCGUCUAUACAAUCCUUCACGAUAACUUUUAUUUUGAUAUUCUUGCUAAAAUAGCUUGGUCAUAUUAGCUAGACGCAGCUCCAGAGCUAGUUAUUAUAGCCUCCAUCAUUGCAUUGCUGAAUGCUGCAAUUGCUAUUAUGCUAGAAUUUCUAUGCGUUAAUAAAACUAGACAUUGCAUUGCUUUUCAAGCCAUUAGUUUAGCGAGCGCAGCCUUCUUUCGUCCUCCAACUGACCCAAAAACGGAUUGGUAAGUCAGUCAGGGUAAACACCUAAUUAGGCGGCAUGACCUAAUAAGGCGAGUCGUUUAGUUAGGCGAUGUGAUGUAGUUUAAUUAGGCUACCCGUAGUCUAACUAGGCGAACAUAAACUUUCUGUUGCAAAUACGUCGAAAUCAUUGCGUUUUUCCCAAUACAAUAUUUAUGUGAAUCAAAUCUGUCCACUUUGCAGAUAAUUUUGACCAAUUAUUGUCUUAUUUGCAUCGGUGGUAACUUACGGCCCAAACCUUGUGUGGCACUAUUUGUUGUUUUAAAAAAUGGAUUUCAGCCAUUGGCUAAACUUUAGAAUAUCCCCUUCAAAUAGUAAAUUACAUUUAAUACAACCAACGACCAAUUUUUGUGAAAUCAUUAAUCAGAGUAACGCUAUAUGCAAAGUCUUUAACACUAUCACAUUAGCGCCUACGAGUCUUUUAAUUCGUUGCUUCGCGCAAUGCCACGACAUCGUAUCCGACAUUAAAAAUAACAACCGUUUAUUAAAACAGUCAUUCUUGUAACAAACGGCUUCGCGUAUCUAUCACCCAUAUCUUUUAUAAUGUAUUCUUGCAAAUCAAUUAUUAACUCACAACCUGAAGAAGUUUGGGCCCAAUUAAAUUUAUUAAUCAUGACGUCAAGUAUGAAAACGUGCUUUCCAAACAAUUGUUUACAUAUCUUAACAAUAAAGCAACAGCUGCAGGUACAAACAUUGGAUAUGUUCUUGCUUCCGUAAUAACUACAGCUAAUUAUUUGAUCGCUAAAAAUCAAGGUUCGAUUGAAAUAAGAAAUGGUUAUAACAUUAACCUUAACACAUUUUCUUGUUUGUUGGACAGCCGUCUACAGGAAAGUCGCCCGCUAUUAAGAUGGCAGUUAAUCAACCGUUAUAAGUUAUAUGCAAGAAGAUACAGACAUUAUAUCUAACACCACCACAUCUGGCUUGACAGAGUGCCUCUGUACAAAAAAAUGUGCAUACAUUGUAAAUGCCAAAAUACAGGAGUACUUGUACAAAAUAUUGAAAAAAAAAAACGAUGAGAAUUACACUGGGGAUAUGGAGAUUCUGUUGAAGAUUUUUAAUGGAGAAAAUGUAUCUAUUCAAUUCAGUACUGAAAGUAAGAGAUAUAUACCUGAAAAUUGCGCAUUGUGCUUAUUAGGUGCUACACAAAUAAAAAGCAUGGCUUUUAUUUUGACCUUAAUGAAUAAAGGUAAUGGAUUUUUGGACCGAUUUUUAAUUAUAACACCUCAUUCAUACCGUCCGAUGCCCAAGGAACAACAAAUCGCCCAACAAUGCUCAACAACCAUCGAUAUCAAGGAUAUUUAUGCCAACUAUGUACACAUAGACAAUACAGUAUUCUAUUUUGACGAAAAUGCGUUAAAAUUGUACGACAACAUGGAGACACAUGUUUUGACCGAUCUAAACAACGAUCUUUUGCACGGCAGACCAACCAGCAAAUCUAAAAAACCAGAGUUAAUUCCAAAAGUUGCGGUCGCUCUACACACAGUGGAAUACUUUUAUAAUGCCCUAUUUAAUGAAGUUGAAUUUACAUGUCUACCAGAAGCUAUUUCCUUGCAAACAUUGGAACGUACCAUAAUGUAUGUUGAAUCAAUUGAUGAACAGUAAGAAUUAUUUUGCACAUAUAUCACAGAAUUGGUUAUUACCAGCAAAACACCAUCAGUUAAACGUGCCCCAACUUCUGAUGAAUAUAAAAAAGCUGUUUUAAUGACACCAGGUGCCUUCAACACAUGCAGAUCCUUCAAACAAAGUACAUCAAAAAGAUUUCGCGGUUUACUAUCCCAAGAAUUUGUUAAGUUUAUACAAAACUUUGUUAACAAAGACAUUGGUCGUUUGGUUAGUGUAAAAGCAGUUGGGUCGUCAAAAUCUUCAAAAGUAUUCGUUAAAAAAGAAUUUAGGGACUUGCCAUCCGAAAUAAAAAAUUGGUUACAAGAAAGUGAAUAUGAAGCAAAAAGGCUCGCCAAACAUCCAGCUUGUAUUACGGAUCGGAUUAUCGAGUCUAUUAAUCUUGAAAUUCAAUAGCAAAAAUUUUUCAAAUAAUCCUUUUUCUAUAUCCAUAGAAUAAGUCGUUCUUACUUGUAAAAAAGUUUACAAAUUUAUCAACACCAAAAUAUAUAGGUUAUAACAAAGUUAAUCGGGUUUAAAAUUGUAAAUUUUAAUAAAACUUAUUCUACUCGAUUGACAAAUUGUAUACAGAUAUGCCGAGGCGAAAAAUGCUCGAAAAGUAACAACAGUUAACAUCAGAUAAAAUGUUUUCUGUUUCUUAUAAAAAAUUGCUUGUAUAUGAAAAAGUAUAAACACUGUCCGGAAAUUUGCGUAACAUUUUUAGUUGUGUUCAGCAUGUUUUUACUAUUAUUUGUAUUGCUUAAAUUUAGUCACGUUUUCUUAUUUUGUAUGAAUAAUAUGAGUAAUUGUAAAAAAAAGUUUCUGAAGACAAGUCAUGUGUUUUUGAUGAAUCUUUUGGCACUACAAGAGUAGCUUAAAUUAUGCAAUGUAGGGAAUUCAUUAACGUCCCGUUAUCUGACAUAAGCUUUUCUGUGUCAUGAAUGACAAAUACUCUGCCUGAGAAAUUACAGUAAGGGACCAUAGUAAGUACAUUUUCUAUUAUUUUAUAAUUAUAUUACAAUUUAACGAUUCAUUAUUCGUUUUUCAAAUCUACAUAUAUUCUUUCAUACAAUAAUUUUGAUAACUUGCAAAGGAGUUGAUUAAUUUCUGAUUAAAUUGUAGCAUGGAUUACCCACCGUUAAAAAGAUUAAGAAGCCGGGGGACACAAUGUGGUGUCAAUAGUGUUAGUCAUGAUAAGUCAACGCAAUUUGGACCUUCAAAUAACAGUUAUGAUCGUUUUAUCUGCUCAUCCGAUAAAACAGCAUUUACAACACACAAAUACUUAAUCACAAACAUCACGAAUACACAAGAGAAUGCCUUAUCGUGGUGUUUUGAUAACAAUUUGUUAAUCAAACAAAGAAAAUGCGAUAAAUGUAGCAAUGACAUAAACUUGUCUAAGUGCAAAAGUUCAGAUGGAAUUAGAUGGCAUUGCCAAAGAUAUGUUCAUUUUGUUGAAAAAGGUAGGUGGUUUGUAAAGUCUAAUUAAAGUCUAAUUUGACGAUAGAAGAGGUGAUUGAAGUGACGUAUUGGUGGACCACUGGUGUCGAUCAAAAUCAAAUAGCCAAAAAAUGUUGAUAUCAAGCUCUACUGCUGUUGACUGGGAUAUGUUUUGCAAAGAAAUGUGUGAAGUAUUACUCUUCCAAAAUUCAUCAAAGAUUGGCGGUAAAGGUGUACAAGUUCAAAUUGACAAGAGUAAGUUCGGAAAGCUUAAACACUACGUUGGCCAUCGUGUAGAUGGACAGUGGGUUUUUGGUGGUAUAGAAGGAGAAUCACGAAAGAACUUUCUUGUAGCGGUAGAAAAGAGAGACAGAGAAACACUGAUACCUAUAAUAAAAAAUUGGAUCCUGCCUGGUACAACUAUAGUUUCAGAUUUUUGGAAACCCAACCAAAAAAAGCCUUUUUCUUCGUUCUUAUUAUUUAACUUUAAAGAUUUCCAUUUGAGCUUAGAUACAUUUCCACUCAAGAACAGACGGAUAGGAGAAUUGAAAUUUUUCGUUCUUUACAAACUGAUAUUUGAAAUCAAUUCGACUGUCCUUGCAGAUAUAUUUUAAUCUUGAAUUUGACAAGAACAAAAAAUAUUAACUAUAAAUUCGAUGCGAGAAUCCUUUUAAACAAUUUAUCACCAGGCUAUUAUUUUUGUGUAUUUAAUUUGCAGUUAAUAUGAAAUUUUAAAAUUUUAAAAUGUUUUAUCCACAGAUUUAUAUAAUUAACGUUGGUCGUUGGCCGUUGGCUCGUAACCAUUUGUUGCUCGUAAUCGUUUCGUUGGUAGUUGGUCGUUGGACCAUAAUAAAUACUUUUUCUUGAUUGUCAUCGUUGGUCGUUUGUCGUUGGCCGUUGGAUGAUAACAAAUACUUUUUCUUGAUUGUCAUCGUUGGUCGUUGGCCGUUGGGUGAUAACAAAUACUUAGAUAGAUAAUGUUUUAAAUAAUAUGAUAGUUGGUCGUUGGUUAUUUGUAUUACUGUCUUCUGCUUUGAAGGGGAAAUUCGAAAACCGCUCCCAGCCAUUCACGCUGCAGGGAAAAAAUUAAUAUGGCGGACAAAAACGUGGCAGUGUUCACCUAAAUAGGCGACAUUUAACCUAAUUAGGUUAUAUAUUUCACUUUAACAUAAUUCUUACUUGCGCACGAACAUAUCGAGGCACGAGUGACAGUUUUGGAAUCAUGGUCGCGUAGACUAUCCAUUCUAAACAAAGAUUUUUUGCGAUAUUUUCUUAGGAAUGUGUGAAAAGCCAUUAAAUAUUGUAAUGUCUACAUAAGGCCUAACUAGGCUACAAUGAGUCGCCUAUAGGUGGUAUGCCCUAAUUAGCCUACCGUCGCCUAAUUAAGUGUUUACCCUGACUGUAAGUCCAGAAAAAAUUGGAAAAAGGGUGAAAAAGGUAAUUCACCAACAAAGUGUAACAAAGUUUCCAAACUCAAACUUGACAUGGUUUAUCUUUGGUUUGUUUUAAAUGACUAGCUAGUAGCUAAUAU